UUAUAGCGGGACUGCAUUUUAGCAUUCUGACACUGGGGUGGGGUAACUGACUAACGGCUACUGACAUCCCCAGUGACACUAAUACAGUGAUCAGUGCUAAUAAAAGGCACUGACACUGUACUAAUGACACUGGGCAGGAAGGGGUUAACAUCUGGGGCGAUCAAAGGGUUAACUGUGUGCUGUUUGUGUUUCACAUUGUGUGCUGUGUUGUGUUUUACAAGGGAGACAUGCUGCUUUGUAUUUCUCUGCUGUGCAGAGACAUAGAAAGCAGCACGUCCAGAUCUCUCCCCUCUCAGCCCUGCCGACGAU